AUGGCUAAGAAGUCAUAUGAUGUUUUGUUCAAGUUACUGCUUAUUGGCGAUUCAGGUGUUGGAAAAACUUGUUUACUGUUCAGAUAUGUAGAGGAUACGUUUUCUUCUUCUUUUAUAUCCACCAUCGGCAUCGAUUUCAAGAUUAAGACCGUGGAACUCGAAGGAAAGAAAAUCAAACUACAGGUAGGUAUAUGGGAUACAGCAGGUCAGGAACGAUUCCAGACAAUUACGGCUUCUUAUUACCGAGGUGCGAUGGGCAUCAUGCUCGUGUAUGAUAUAACCAGCAGGAGGACUUUUGAUAAUAUUCAGCGUUGGAUGGGCAAUAUUCAGUCUCUCGCCUCAACCGACGUGGAAAAGCUUGUUGUCGCUAAUAAAAGCGAUAUGGAGGACCGCAGAGCUGUUUCUUUGGAAGAGGGAAUGUGCAUGGCCAAAGACUACAGGGUUGACUUUCUGGAAACAAGUGCAAAAACAGGCGUUAACGUAGCUAAGGCGUUUGAAACUUUAACGCUUGCAAUACUUCGAAAGGCGCCCCCACGUGAGGCAGACAAUCCGAGUGUUCCCCUGGGACAUCGUCUGGUGGAGCACAAUUCUUCACAAUCGUCAUGUUCGUGGUGUCCUACAUGA